AUGCACGGCCACCUGCCCCGCGCGGGCCCCGUCGGGGGAGGUGGGCCCGGGAGCGGAUCCUGCCUGGGAUGGUCUGGGGAUGAUCCAGGGGAUCGUCCGGACUCAACCCACAUGCCCGGCGCCCCGAAAGAGGGAAGCACUUGCGCUGGACCCAGUUCUCGGCCGCCAGGCCCCGAGCCUGUGGGCGCCCGGCGGUGCCGCACACGCCCUCGGGUCCCCGUGCCCUCUUCCAGCUCCCGGAGAAGUCCCGCCGCUGGCGCAGCAAAGGAAGGCGGGCCCGCCCUUGAGCUGGACACCAGUCCCCGGGCCUCCGCAGGCGCCCCGGUGAUCACUUCUGCGGUCAUGCGGAAGAAGGGCUCAGGGGAAAAAGAACCAAGAAGCCCUGGCACGGGGUUGGGGGGGGACAUCCUUGCCCGCUCAGCAGCGUGGAAGACUGAGGGUGUGUGCUCCACUGAGUCUGGCAAUCUGCCAGGGAAUGUGAGGAAGAACCGCUACAAAGAUGUGUUGCCGUAUGAUCAGACACCUCUCCCGCUAGCAAUGAUCCAGGAGGAGGGACAUGGCGAUUACAUCAAUGGCAACUUCAUUUGGGUCAGAAAAAGUGUGAGCAUUUUCUGGGCCCAAGAACGGGAACCACUACAGAUUGGGCUUUUUUGCAUCACCCUAACAAGGGAGACAUGGCUGAAUACAGACAUCGUGCUCAGGACUCUCCAGGUCACUUUUCAGAAGAAAUGCCCUUCUGUGUAUCAGUUGCAAUAUAUGUCCUGGCCAGACAGAGGAGUCCCUAGCAAUCCUGAACAUGUGCUUACCAUGGUGGAGGAAGCCCGUCGCCUCCAGGGAUCUGGCCCCAGCCCCCUCUGUGUCCACUGCAGUGUAGGUUGUGGGUGAACAGAUGUCCUGUGCACUGUGGAUUAUGUGAGACAGUUACUCCUGACCCAGAUGAUCCCACCUAACUUUAGCCUCUUCAACGUGGUCCUGGAGAUGAGAAACCAGAGGCCUGCAGCUGUGCAGACAGAGGAGCAGUACAGGUUCCUAUACCACACAGUGGCUCAGAUGUUCUCAGCACUCCAAAAUACCAACCCUCUUUACCAGAAUUUCAAGGAGCAUUGUGGCCCAGUCUACGAGGACGCCCUGUCCUUCCAGACCUCCCUGGCCCUCACCACCACAGCACGCCCAGUUGGUGAGGUCCUCAGGUACCCAGCUCCAUCUCCCCCCGGGCUCGCCAUGGCCGACACGUACGCGGUGGUGCAGAAGCGCGGGGCGCCGGCGGGCCCCGGGGCGGGCGCGGGCGCGGGGGCGCGGGGCGCGGGCGCGGAGGAGGCACCGCUGUACAGCCAGGUGGGGCCGCGCGCCCGGAGGCCGCCGGCACACGCUGAGGACGCGCGGGGGCUGCUGCCCGGCGGCGCUCCUGCCGACCAGAGCCCUGCCGGGCCUGAUGCCUAUGAGGAUGUGGUGGAUGGCCCUCAGACCGGUGGGCUAGGCUUCAACCUGCGCAUUGGAAGGCCCAAAGGGCCCCGGGACCCCCCUGCUGACUGGAGCCAGGUGUGAGUGCGCAAGCUGCCUGCCUGUUGCCCCCCCAUGAGCACCUGCACUGCUGACGGCCGUGCUCUGCUAUGUGAAGUGCUGGGAAUGGGAAUGCUGGUCCUGGAUCAAAAUAAAAGUUUCUCAGGGUGGAAAUAUAGGGGCUUUGCCCCAGUGAUUAUAGCAUUCAAAGCCUGAGGCUGGGGGAGGUAGUUGGAAGAUAAUGGCUGGUAAGGCUGCAGUGAACAGAUUCAAGAAUAAACAUCAGGAAUGGGUCCAACCCCAGGGGACUAGUCAGGUUCUCCCAGGUGUGAAGAAGAGGAUGGACAGAUGGGCUUCUAUAAAUUGCCCCCAUCGUCCAUAAUGCACUAGUUCAUCUCGAUAGUUGAACCUCUCUCACUUAAGACACUCAGCUGGAUACAGAAAGGGGUGGGCCGUGAAAAAGACUGAUGGAUGCUUCCCCACCCUGCCGUCACCAUUCAGACAGAUCCAAGCCAGGUAUAACAACCCAGCAGACUGAUUUCAAACAGGUAAAAAGAUCCCCAGAUGGGUAUGCAGACAGAUGGGCCCCCAACUGGGACAAGUAGAUAGCCAUAUACAGCCAGAUCUUCAGAGGGACAGACCACAGCUGGAAGGAUGGACCUCCAGUCAGAGAGAGAAAUCAACUAACAGCCUGACAGACCAGCCCCAGCAAGAGAGACCAUAAAAAACAACCCUCUCCUGGCUAGGCAGCCAGCCAGACACCAGCCAGAUGGACCUCUAGGUGGACAGACUCCCAGACAGACAUAAACAAAUCCCUAGCUGAACAGGCACACAGACAUCCUCUCAGCUAGACAGACCUACCCCCAAGUGAGUGGACAGACUAACCUAGUCAGACUCCUCUCUAGCCAGAUGGACUCUCAGCCAGACCCUUGAUUGUACAGACAGCCUCUCAACUUAGCAAUAGACGUCUAGGUGAACUUCUAGAUGGUUGGAUAGUCCCCAUCAACUCACCAAUUCCAAAGAACCCACAUUUUAGCAGACAAAUUGAUGCACCACCUGCUGAGAAGACUGCCAGGUGGAUCCCCAGGCAGUCAACAAGCCAGAUAAGUAGACAAACGCUCAGGGAGAUAAGCAUCCUAAGCCUGACAGAUUGCCCACCAUCUACCAACUUGGUAUUCAUUGCACAUCAGAUCCUUCAAACAGGUUAGAUAUUUGCUAGCCAGAUCGACCUCCAGUCUCUCAGAGAGGAUAGGGCCGCAUUGGCACAUGAACUCCUAGUCAGGCACAUAACAGAUGACUCCAGCCAGACAGUGAGGCACUGUGCUCAGGCAGAGAUAAAUAAACCCCAAGCCAACUGGCCAGCCAUAUCCCAAACUGGACAGCCAGAUGAACAGGUGGACCCUCAUCUGGAGAGAUAAAUGGACCCCCAACAACUCCGAUUCCAUUUAGACAGAUCCCCACCAGAUAGACCCUAGUCAGACAGUAAGACCCUCAACUAGACUGAGUCUGAGCCGUUCACAUAGACCCUUAGCCAGACAAACACCCAGCCCUUGAACUGACAGCAGAUGCACACAGAUUGCUAGUUUGGCAGACAGGUCUGCAGCUGGCAAAACAGACAUCUAGCCUCAUAGAUGGACUGACAACAGACUGACAGAUCAGUCUGUAGCCAGAUAGGCUGAUAAAUCUCCAAGUAGAUAGCUAGAAAAGUAAACUCCAGCAGACUGAAUGCCAGCUUGAUAAGACCCUCAGAAAGAUCCCCAGCUAGACAGACACUGCAUGAGCCAGACAGAUCUCCAACUGGACAGAUAGAAAAAUGGGCCACCCAGCCAGAAAACAAGCAAUCCUCCAUCAAGAUAGAUCUUCAAACCAGACAACCCCAACUGAACAGAAAGACGAGAUUAAAUUUACACUUGAUGCUAAAUUUACACUUGAUCAAAACCCUGAUCCUACUCUGUGAGCCUCUCUCCUGAUGUGAUUUUCCUGACAAUGUCUAGUUCAUUCAGGUGGAUUCCCACCCAUCCCUCCUCAGCAAAGUGCCCUCCCAAGGCUGUUGGAGAGCGAUCCUGUGUCUGUGAUGAGCAUGGACCACUGAGGCCAUCGCCAGCCACCUGCCCAGCCAGGCCCACAUCCCUCAUUCAGUUACUGUGAGAAUUCAGUGAAAGAGAGAAUAUAAAGAUUUAGUUCAGGAGCUUAUGCUUGAUAAAUGUUAGACCAUAAUCAGAUCUUGGCUCCUACCCUCAGUACAGGUUCUGAGAAAAGUCAUUUUCCCUUUGAGUGUUAGUAAAAGGAAAGUGAAACUUGCCUUCCUUGGCCACAACAGUGCUUGCUGGCAUUGGACUUAACUUGUCAAGUGCUAUAAGGUCUCUGCACAAGAAGCAGUUCAACCAGCAGAAACCUGGAAUUGCAGAGAAACCUAGGGAUUCUCCAGCUUAAUGGGGACCAGGAGGCCAGCAUCACCCGGAGUGAUGAGGUGGAGCUGACCUUGGUGGAAAGAGGCAGGAAGGAGGACCCAAAGCUACUGGUAACGGGAGAUUUGAGGUGUCAUUUAGAGUGGAAACUGAUCUCAAAAAUAUUAAGUUCAUUUGGCUCCAGAGACUAGAAAGGGAAAAGCAGUAGUAUCUUGGAGGAGAGGCAGUCUAUGGCAAAAGGAAGAAGCAUAUUUCCCUCCACAGAGGAGGGAAACCAGUGUUAAUUAAAACAUUGGUCUCUGGGGUCUGCCCUGAGGCUAGCACCGACUCAGCUCAAUUUCCUACCAGAAACCAUUAUGGUGGGGUGCAGUAGACCCUUUUGGGGAAGAUCUUUUUAACAAUUAGGUCUGAGGCUAAACUGUUUGCAAUCCUUAGCUGCCCAUUCCAAACUGAAGAGUUGUUCUGCUGAAAGUGAGAAGAGCUUCCAUGCUUUGUGAUUAUCAGCAGGAAGAUGCCCCAGCAACAUAGAAAAACCUAUAGGAUUGCAAGGCAGAGCAUUCAGAAUGCUGGGCUGGGCUCUUUACAUAUUUUAUCUCAUUCUGUCUGUAAAACAAUAUCUGUGAGUAAGUUUUACCACUGAGCCCAUUUUGCAGAUGCAGAGGAGACUCAGAAAAGAUAGUUGUUAGUUUGAGACUCACACCCAGAUUUAUGUCUUAGUGUUUAGUGUUACAGAAAUAUAUGGCUCUGAGUGAAAGAAACCCUAAAUCAUUAAAUGAAUAUAAAUAGCUAGCCUGACUGGGUCCUUGGUAUGCACAUGGACUGAAUGAUUAAUCUUCAGAGCAACCCACACACAGAAGUAAGUUGGUUAUCCCCACUUUGCAGAAGCCAGGAAUAACUGCAAUGAACACAGUAUUAUUUAAUACUUCUUUAAACUAAUUAGGCCUGUAUCAUAGUGUUGAAUAGCUUGGACUCAGUCACUUACUAGUAGUGUGAUCUGGAGCAAGUUUUCAGUUUCUCUCUGGUUCAGUUAGUUUCCUAGGCUGUAAAUUGAACACAAUAAAGUUACUUUUAUCAUAAGGUCACCACACGAAUGAUUGUUCAGAGCAAGAGUGAAUCUGGGUUUUUACAACAUACAUAGAAAAGAAGAUUUAUUUUUCUUUCAGGGAUUAUUUCCAGAAUAAAACAAUUUCCACAGUUCUAGUCUUGGUUAACAGUUGCAUUUUCAGUCAGAAAAAUGAUUUAUUCAACAUAUGUUAUUGAGAUAACUAAGUAGUCAGGAAAAAGAAGUUCAAACCAUAUGUCAUACAGCAGGACAAAUCCUAAAAGUAUCAGAGAUUUGAAUAUAAAAUAUUAAACCACAGAAGCAUUAGAAGAAAUUAUGGGAGAUUUUCUUUAUAUUCUUGGACUACAACAGUCCUUGCUAAAUAUGGAAAGACAUCAGAAGCCCAAAAGAAGAUAAAUUCUAAUGCAUAGAAAUAUUUCAACCUCGCAAAAAUCACCAUAAGCACAGUCAGAAAAGUAAUGGCAAACUUGAAAAAGAAUUACAACUGAGAUCAAACAAAAGGCUAAUUUUCUGAGAUAUUAAAAGCUCCUAAGAAUAAGUAAAGGCCGAAAGCUCAAAAUAAAAAAUGUGCAAAGAUGCCCUAUCUCACCUGUAAUAAAAACUGAGUAUCAGAAUUUUAUACUGAGAUAACUGAUUUCAUUUAUGUUAGCAAAGAUCAAAAAGUUUAAUAACACAGUGUUACCAAGGAAAUGUUCCCCUAUAGAGCCAGUGGCUGUUUAAAUGCAUGCUACCGCUAUGGAAAGCACUUUAACAACACCUAUUUAAAAAUACACAUACUCUUGGAGGCAGAUAUUUCAUUUCUAGACAUUUAUCUUAUGUGGAUACUCAUAGAACUCCAAAAUGACUGUUACACAUAGUUAUUCACUGUAGCACUGUCUAUAGUAGCAGAAGGCUGGAAACACUUGAAAUGUUCUAAAUGGGGUCUUGGUUAAACAAAUGCAAUGAUGGAAUACUAUGCAGCUGUAAAAAAGGGGAAUGAGACCACCUCUGUGUACUGGUGUGAACAAA